GUGAUUUAGUUGGCACAAAAGUCUUCUUUGAAGAACUUUGUACAAUAUUGGAGGAUGGCUGAAGCAGUUUUGAUAGAUCUCUUUGGUUUGAAAUUGAACUGUCAGAAAAACUGCCAUCAGACAUUACUGAAGACAUUGAAUGCUAUCCAGUACCACCAUGCUACUAAGGCCAAGUUCCUUUGCAUCAUGUGUUGCAGUAGCAUCAGCUGUGAAAGGGAUAGUGAACAUGAUAAGUGUGAAUUAGAAACAAGCAAUGGAUUAUCAGCUCUCUUAGGAGAAUAUGAGAUUGUUAGCAAUCUCAGCAUGGCUGCCUCUUUGUAUACCAUUAAACAAAAAAUUGAUGAAAAAAAUCUGAGUAGCAUUAAGGUAAUUGUCCCCAGGCACAGGAAGUCAUUACUGAAGGCUUUUAUUGAUCAACUCUUCACUGAUGUUUACAAUUUUGAAUUUGAAGAUUUACAAGUGACUUUGAGGGGACACCUUUUGAAACAGUCUGCUGAAACAAAUGUAAUCACAGCUCAAGAACUAGAAGAAAUCCAGAAUGAAAUAGAAAUAUAUUUGAGAAGUCUACCAGCACUGAAAGGAGAAUUAACUAUUAUCACAUCUCCUUCCAUCCCAGAUAUUUUCAUACAUGGAUUUACUACAAGAGCAGGUGGGAUAUCUUAUAUACCAACUCUUAGUUCAUUCAAUCUCUUCAGUAGUUCCAAAAGGAGAGAUCCCAAGGCAGUUGUUCAAGAAAAUCUGCGUAGAUUGGCAAAUGCUGCAGGAUUUAAUGCAGAGAAAUUUUACCGAAUAAAGACCGAUCAUGCCAAUGACGUCUGGAUUAUGGGAAGGAAGGAGCCUGAAUCUUAUGAUGGAAUAACAACGAAUCAGAGAGGAGUCACAAUAGCGGCUCUUGGUGCUGACUGUAUACCAAUAAUUUUUGCAGAUCCUGUCAAAAAAGCAUGUGGGGUUGCUCACUCUGGUUGGAAAGGUACUUUGUUAGGUGUUGCUAUGGCUACAGUGAAUGCUAUGAUAGCAGAAUAUGGCUGUAGUUUGGAAGACAUUAUUGCUGUACUUGGACCAUCAGUAGGACCUUGCUGUUUUACUCUCCCAAAAGAAUCAGCAAGUGCUUUUUAUAAUCUUCAUCCCACAUGUGUACGACUGUUUGACUCACAAAAUCCCUGUGUUGACAUCCGUAAAGCCACCAGGAUUCUUCUAGAACGGGGAGGAAUCCUUCCACUGAAUAUUCAGGACCAGAACCAAGAUCUCAACCUCUGUACAUCCUGCCAUCCUGACAAGUUUUUCUCCCAUGUCCGAGAUGGCCUUAAUUUUGGAACACAGAUUGGCUUCAUAUCAAUUAGAGAAUGAAAUACUUGGCUGGAGUUUUGCAUAAUGUUUCCUGCCUCUUUCCUCCUCUUUCCGAACUGACUGCAAGAGAGAAAUUUAGCUGUUUGAUUUACUUAAAGCCAAAAGGAUUACAAUGGAUAAUUCAUCUUUAGGGUAUAUUUUAACUAUUACCCAAAGCCAAGUGAUUUAUAUUUGAUUUAAUAAUAACUGACAAAAAAUCAAUAUGAUGUAGUUAAUAUGUUUUACAGAUGAGAAUUAUUCUUAAAGUUUGUCUUCCUGUGUAUUACAUAAAUCAAGAAUAGGUCUGUUCAGUAUUUAUUGAGUACCCUCUUUUGUCAGGCAUUCUGUUAUGCGUAGGUGAAUCAAAGUUAAUAAGACUUUUUCUCUAUGAGUCUAAUGCAGUGGAGGAGAUAAACACUUCUACAACUUAAACUUAAUUUAAUAGCGGUAGAAGAGUACAUAAGGAGGAAGGGUUAAUUUUACCUGGAAGGCAGGAAAGAGAAGGUAUUACAGAGAAAAUCACGUAUCACGUGGUCCUGAAAGAUGUACAGGCUUUUGACAAGUAAAGAGUAACCAUAACAGGAAGAGGGAACACAAUGAACCAGGACAUGAAAACUAUGAGAGUGUGUAACAUGUUUUAGAGAGAGAAGGGUGUAGGUAGGAGUUGGGACUAGAAAAACAGGUUGGAAACAGGUUAUUAAGGGUCUCAAGUGUCGUGUCAAAGAGUUUGGAGUUUAUUUUCCAGGCAAUGAGUAGGCAUCAAAAAAAAAGGUAGGGGAGUGCUUUUAUUUCCUUGGCAUCAUAUUUAACAGAAUGGAUUCAAAUUGUGAGAGACCAAAGCAGAGAGAAAAAUAAGGGGCAGUCAAAAUAUUUCAAAAAAGAAAUCAUGAGGACCAAUGAAGAGGCAGUGGAAAUUAAAAUGGAGAAGAGAGUAGAAGGAUUAGAGGGACUUUUCAGAGAUAGAAUCAAUAGAUCCUGUUACUAAAUAAUGGAAGUAAGAGGUGAGGAAGAGUGGAGAAGUCAUUAGUGACUCCAAGAUUCCUGUUUGGCUGACUACCAAGAGCCAAAGGAAAGAAGGGCUUGGAACAAGGGAGAAGGAUAUUGAUGUUAACUUUACGUAGAAUGAGGUACAUCUAGAUGGAAAUAUUUGGCCAACAAUUAGAAAUACAGACCUAAAAAUUAAGAGAGAGGUUGGGAUAAAGACAUAGAUUUAAAAGUUGGCUAUGUGAGAUGAUUCUUAAGUCUGUUGGUACAGACUGAAUUAACUAGGCAGAAAUCAGGGUGA